CAGGCCCCCCCCCGGGGGCCCGCCCCAAGCGCCAUGAUGGGGAAACUCCCCCUGGGGGUCGUCUCCCCUUAUGUGAAGAUGAGUUCCGGGGGCUGCACAGACCCCCUGAAAUUCUACGCCACCAGCUACAGCACAGCCUAUGGCCGGGAGGAGUUCAAGCCCCGCAUGGGCAGUCACGUGGGCACCGGCUACAAAUCGAAUUACCGGCCGGUGGUCUCAUACCAAGCCAAUCUGGAUGCCCUGGACGGCCCGGCUGUGGGGGAACAAGUCUGGGACAGUUUCCAGACAGUGAACAGUCAGAGCUACCGUCCCCUGGAGGUGCCCGAUGGCAGAAGCCCCCUGCCCUGCAACAUGCACCAGGCCAGCUCAGGCUUUGCGCAGAAGGCCAGUGUGGGCCCCCUCACCAAGGAGGUCAAGAAGGUCCAUUUCGACACCCAGGAGCACGGGCCCCAGGCCAUCCCGGGGCUAGAGCCUAAGGACCUGCCCCUGCUUCACCAACAGCAGGGCAAGGGCUCACUGGAGUGGGAGAACUUCCGAUAUGGCCCACGCUUCAUGACCUCGGAGUACAAUUCCAGGUAUCUCAAGGAGCCACUAAACCAGCCAGAUCUCUUGCAGAAGAAAUCGAUCGGCAGCCCAGAGGAGACCGGCUUCACGGAGGGGUCCAACGUGAAUCCCAUUGUCUUCCAGCCGCCUUCGCAGGCCGUCCCUGGGGACCCUGCUCUCCUCCCAGGCCGGAGUGUCACCAAGUGGGACUUCCUCCCUGUGACUCACCCUCAUGGAGACGACUUCCUGCCUGUGCUGGCUGGAGGCGCUGAGCGGGAGACAGGCUUCAGCCGAGUGAAUGAGAGGACGCUGAACCCCAGACUGCCCCUUCCCGGCCCAGAACCUGGCAGUGUGAGCCACCGACCGUUCCAGCCACCCCAGCGGUUGCAACAGACAAACGUAGCCCUGCUCGGCCGGGAGACUGUGGGGAAGAAGGAGCCCACAGGGUUCAGCCUAAAUAACCCCAGCUACGUCCAGAGCACCUAUGACCCCGACAGGGACCAUCGGUACCUGACCACCUACAACCAAGGGUACUUCGAGAACAUUCCCAAAGGUCUGGACCGGGAAGGCUGGACUCGGGGAAGCAUCCAGCCCCAGAAGCCGGGAGGCUAUGCCCUCAACCAGCCGAUCACGCGCAUGGAGGCCGUCCCCAGCCCCACGGAGAGCCUGCAGCGCCUGCACCCCCACGUGGGAAGGACCCUGACCUCGGCCGACCCCUUCUACCGGGACACGCCUCGCAGCAGCCGCUUCGGGGCUCCCUGCUGAGCCCGAGGCCUGGGU